CGUGGCGCCGGGGCCGGUGCCCGCAGCCGCACUACGACUCCCGGCAUCCCUCGCGCCGCGCCGCGAGGAGCCCCAGUUGAAGCGGGUGGCGGCGGAGCGCACCCCCUCCCCCCGCCAAAAAAGCCCCAAACCAAAACAAAAACAAACCGCCCCACCCCACCCGCCCGCCGCCCCCGCCGAGCCCCGGAAAUGGCGGCGCCGGGAGGGGGCUUCGCCAGCCAGGGGUGCUGAUCCGGCCGCCGCUGUCCCCCGCCCGUCCCUCCCCGCCCAUGGGCGAGACAUGGACUACGAGUUCAAGUCGAAGCUGGCGGCCGAGCGCGAGCGGGUGGAGGACCUGUUCGAAUACGAGGGCUGCAAAGUGGGCAGAGGCACCUACGGGCACGUCUACAAGGCCCGCCGCAAGGACGGAAAAGAUGAAAAGGAGUAUGCACUGAAGCAAAUUGAAGGUACAGGGAUAUCCAUGUCGGCCUGUAGAGAGAUUGCACUUUUACGAGAGUUGAAGCACCCUAAUGUGAUUGCGUUGCAGAAGGUUUUCCUUUCUCACAGUGACAGAAAGGUUUGGCUGCUGUUUGAUUAUGCUGAACAUGAUUUGUGGCAUAUUAUCAAGUUUCACCGUGCCUCAAAAGCAAACAAAAAGCCCAUGCAGUUGCCAAGAUCUAUGGUUAAAUCCCUACUCUACCAGAUUCUCGAUGGAAUCCAUUACCUCCAUGCAAACUGGGUGCUUCACAGGGAUCUGAAACCAGCAAACAUUCUGGUAAUGGGUGAAGGUCCUGAAAGAGGAAGAGUAAAAAUAGCUGAUAUGGGUUUUGCAAGAUUGUUCAACUCACCUUUGAAGCCAUUGGCAGACUUAGAUCCUGUUGUGGUGACUUUCUGGUACAGAGCUCCAGAGCUGUUACUUGGAGCCAGACAUUACACAAAGGCCAUUGAUAUUUGGGCAAUUGGCUGCAUAUUUGCUGAACUAUUGACUUCGGAACCUAUAUUUCACUGUCGUCAGGAGGACAUCAAAACAAGUAAUCCUUUUCAUCACGAUCAGCUAGAUCGUAUUUUCAGUGUAAUGGGAUUCCCUGCAGAUAAAGAUUGGGAAGACAUAAGGAAGAUGCCAGAAUAUCCAACUCUUCAGAAAGAUUUUAGGAGAACAACAUAUGCCAAUAGUAGCCUCAUAAAAUACAUGGAGAAACACAAAGUCAAGCCUGACAGCAAAGUUUUUCUUUUGCUUCAGAAGCUUCUUACUAUGGACCCUACAAAGAGAAUUACCUCAGAGCAGGCUUUGCAGGACCCCUACUUUCAAGAGGAUCCUCUGCCUACAUCAGAUGUAUUUGCUGGCUGUCAGAUUCCAUAUCCUAAAAGAGAAUUCCUCAAUGAAGAUGAACCUGAAGAGAAAGGGGAUAAGAAUCAGCAGCAGCAGAACCAACAUCAGCAGCAAACAGCACCUCAGCAGCAGCCGCAGGCAGCGCCGCAGCAGCCGCAGCCGCAGCAGCAGAACAGCACCCAGACCAACGGGACAGCCGGGGGCGCUGGCACGGGAGGCGGGGGUGCGGGCGCAGGACUCCAGCACAGCCAGGACUCCAGCCUCAACCAGGUGCCUCCGAACAAGAAACCACGCAUAGGGCCUUCAGGCGCUAACUCAGGCGGGCCUGUCAUGCCUUCAGAUUAUCAGCACUCCAGCUCACGCCUGAGUUACCAAAGCAACAUUCAGGGAUCUUCUCAGUCCCAGAGUACAAUGGGCUAUUCCACGUCGUCUCAGCAGAGCUCCCAGUAUCACCAAUCUCAUCAGUCUCACAGGUACUGAGGGGGUUAACGGACUGCACUCAGAAAGGAACGGACUAAAAGCCAGAAGACUCCAGCAAUAUGAAGUUCAUAACGACGAGAAGAACCAAAAAUACAAACUAUGAUGCAGAAUUAAAAUUCAUGAUGAUAAAAGGAAAACUUCACUCCACUGAAGACUUCCACCCUUCCACCCCCCGCCCCUUUAUUGCCAUAAAGGAGAUUCUCGUGAAGUUUUCCUUCCUCCCUGCCCUUGCAUGUGCUCCAUUGUGGUUACUCUAAUGAACCCUUCUGAUCUGAACCCAGCACUUAACUUCUUUAACCUUUGGAAUUUUGAAGGAUUCCUGGUGCACCUUCCUUAUGCUGUAGUGAUUGCCAUAAAUCUGUCUUUUCAAUCUCUUUGAUGGCAUUUUAAAGUUUUAAAAUCUUGAACUCCCAGGCUUUCAAGCUUGUAUAUAGUUAGUUUUAUACUACGCAAACCAGUUUAGCUAUACAGGUAUAUUGCACCUUUUUAAAGCACUAUGUUAUUUUCACAGGAUAUUACUGGUUUGCUCAUGGAUGUCAAGAACAGCAAAAUUUUACUGUUCCAGAGUAUUUUACUAUUCUGUUUUUAUUAGUCUAGUUUUCAGGCGAGGUCUUAAAAAUAAAAAAAUUUUAAAAAUAAAUAAAAUUAAAAAAAGAAAAAGGAAAAAAGAAAAAAACCCACCCAAGUCUCUGCAGCGACAAAUAAGCUUCAUGCUACUGGACUGAACGCCAAACAGAAGAUUGCUGAUAUUUCUUAACUCAUUCACAUUGAAUUCUUGAAAUCACAGUGAUCAUGCUCUGACUAGUUUUAAAUUAAGUGUUAUUUUGAAUGAAACCAGGACAGUCACAUAAAAAGGAGAUGCUUUCAGGAUCUGUUGGAACAGAAGAAUGGAAUGUCUUCCCAGGCUGGACACCAAAAUAGUCAGGAAAAUGUAUUUACUGCCCUCAAGUCUCAGUAGGAAUGUGGAUGAUGGGCUUGUUUUUUCUUUUAAGCAGCUGAUUAAUGUAUGUGAGAGUUCUAUAAAUUUAGCUUUCUUUCACAUUCCUGAGUCAGUUUUCUAACUGUAAAGGUGACAGAAAUACUAAGACUUGUGAAAACAGAUGCAUUUAAUCAUUUUAUGUUAGAAUUAAUAAUUAAGAGAAAUUAAUGUGCAGUUUGAAAAGCAUGUUGAAAAUUGUUCCUUCUUCAUGUUUAUAAUGCAUAUUCUGUGUCCCUCACAUUGCUGUGAUUAACCCAGAUUAGUUACACCAGAUGCGCUUGAUUGCACUGGAAUGUUUCUUUUUCCCUAGAGCAAACAUGUUUUGAUUGUGCCUAAGGACUGUAAGCGGAUGGGUAGCUGGCAGAAAAUCCCCAGUAAAUAAGAGUUCAGAAGCAUAAUCAGAGGAUUAUUGUCCAACUUCUGCAACCACAGUUAUUCGGAGAGACACAACAUGUAAUUUGGGACAGCUUCAUUUUUCCUUCAGCCUUCAGAAAUAAGGCUGGCUCUUGUUGCAGAAAACCUGGAAAAAAGCAUUUAGAAAGCUACUAGCAAUGUAACAUCACCGAGCUUCUACAACUGGUGUCCAGAGAAGAGGUGAAGUGAGAAGAGUUUCUGUGUAAACAGUUAAUGUUACAGGCUCUUAUACCCCAGUGUGUUCUCUGCUGUCCUGAGUCCAUACAAAAAAAAGUGUCUAUACCCAUACACAUUCACACUGAAGUGGUGAUCAUACCUAGCAAGAUGAGAAAAUCUGUUUGCUCUGAGGAGAAUGCUUUUCAUCACAGCCAGACACAUACAUGUUUCUACUGGAUUUGAUCUCCCAAUCACCUUUAGUGCCCCCUUGCUCCUCGAACACAUGUUGUUUUCAUACCUGCUGGGAGCGGUUGGCUUGCUUUGGCCAUAUCUACCAUCAUGUGGUUUUGACAACACCCAGCUUCUCUGGAAAAGCAACUAAAACCUGCUUUUGUCAUCAAACGGGAAAGAAGGUGGUAAAAAUGAAAUGAGGCAAUUUGAAGGAGAAAAAUAUUUCUGGGGAAGGAUAAUCUCCCAAAAGAUACUUUCGAUGUGUAACCGUUGAAAUGCUACAUAUUAUACCUACCCUAGUAGCCUGUUUGAAAGAACAUAUUUUAAUUGUUCCUUUAUUUUAUUUCAAUGAGUCUGGGGUUACAUUCUUUAAGUGGAAUGUCUCACUCCUUACUGAUGUUAGGAUGAGGUACCUUUGAGCUAACGGAUAUUUGACCAAUGCCAUAAAGUAGUGUUUACUUUACAUUUUUGUGACUUGAAUCAUAGAAUGUCCUGACUUGGAAGGGGACCCCAAGGAUGAUCAAGUCCAACUCCUGUCCCUGCACAGGACAACCCCAAAUUUACACCACGUGUCACAUACACCAGAAUGUCACAUUUCUGGAAACUAACUGCUGGCAGAGUAAUUUUUGUCCCCUUCUGUUCUUUUUACCCUUCUGUUCUCUCAAGAUCCUUUUUUCUUUUCCAUUAGAGUUAUCUAACGUUUAUUCUCCCUACUGUGACCUGCAGCUGAUCAUCAAAACUCGUGUAACGUCAGGAGGUGACAGGGAGGCAUGUUACCAUACAGUUAAUUAAGGUGGGCUCUUGUGCCAAUAAGGCAAAUCAUGGUGUAGAUUAAUCUGUAUGUAGAGUGUGAAACUUCACAGCAAUGUAAGGUGCUUUAAUCAAGUGAGCUUCCAGCUUCUAGAGCGACUGCCACAACCUCUCUCUAAGCUGAACUGGCAUUUCUGCCUUGGUUAGGUCUGAUAGACGACCGCACGCUGCUCCUGUCUAGCUUUUGUGUGCACAGGCGAAGCUGAGCUGACUUCCUCCGUUGCCUUCAAACUCACAAAUGGGAGGAGAGUGAAUAAGAGCAGAAGCAUUUGCUGUGAAAUGUAGGCUGUGCACGCUCUUCUAGUUCCUUCCUGGUGGUGAGAUAAUUCGCCUUUUCUUGGGAGCUCGGUGUGCGUUGCCAGGGUGGGUGGCAGUCAUAGUGGAAGAAGUCUUGCUCUCCAGCAGUCAUCCCAUGGGGUAAAAACGCUCCGCUUUCAGAAGCGAAUCAUGCAGCGUGUCGUGGGAAGCCAGGACCACGUCAUUUUAACGUUCUUUUUUGCCUGUGCAGUUUCAUUAGUACUCAUAGCUCUGCCUCUGCCCAUAACCUUUACACCCUCACCAAAGUGUUUCACACUGGUACCGAGAGAGGCAGGUGACACCGGCAGAGCUGUCUUCUCCAUCCUGGUCGCCUGCUGGAGAGCGGGCCGCCGAGUACGGCUUUGCCCAUCGUGGCUCAGAGGAAACAAACGUGUGGGGAAUGAAUGGGACGAGCGGCCUGGUCCGCAUUGGUGAAGUUUAUGUAGCACAAACUGCACAAUGAAGGAAAAAUAUAGGGAAAGCUGCGAGUCCUGCACUGUAUCUGUGACACUGUAUCUGGGGAGGGGGAGGGAAGAGCAUUCGUAGCGGGAGGGGUGGCGGGAAGCUAGAAGUGUUCAAAUAUGUAUAAUAUUUUAUAUAAACAUAAUAAGCUUAGUUCCCCUUCAUAAUCUUCAGGAAUGGUACUUUAACACCAUUAAGCAAAGAAUUGUUUUAGGAUUAAAUAAAUGUAUUGUACAUAAGGCCAUACAUAAUCUUCUAAAAAUGUCGCCAGACACGAGCGAUGUGUAUUACUAUAUGGAAAAAAAAAAAAAAAGUCCUUAAUGCACUGUUAUCUCCUAAAUAUUUAGUAGUAAAUUAAUACUAUUUAAUUUUUUUAAAAAUUUGUCUUGUGUAGACACUAAAAAGUAUUACACAAAAUCUGGACAGAACAUGUCCUUUUUAACAGCAAUUUAAAGAACUUUUUAUAUAUGUAAGGUAGUAACUUUUCAAAUUGUUCUAGUUGUAUUUUCCCAUGUUUACUAUUUGUGGAAGUGUGCCUGUCUCUAUUCAGUUAUAUUUUUUUUUCUAAUAAUUUCAUGCACGCAUCUUUCAUUUUUGUAGUUUUCAUUAGAAAUUGUUGUGUAUGUGCCUCAUGCUGCCACAAAACUUUGCCGCUCUAGAUCUGUGGUGGCCGCAUUCGGCAGCGCCUGUGCCAAUGGGCUAGCAAAACCACAAAGCGAAAUACUUGUUUCUCAUUCUAGAGUUGAGAGUUUACUGCUUUUAAGUUGUCUUGAUGUCACUCUUGAAAUGACUGUUAAAACUAAACUAUGAGUUCAUUGCAUUUAUUUUAUAUUCUUGGUUGUAAUGAAAUGGAAUUGACUUUGCUUCAGUGUGAAUUUUUUUAAUAAAAUAAUAUACAUUUGUAAUAAUAAUAAAAAGUUCAAAUAAAAUAA